AUGGGUCAGAUGAAAUGGAAGCCAGACAUGUUUUCGUCAAGUAAGAUGGAACUUCGUGACGGUUCAGGCAGGCGAGUUGCAACGUUCGGCAAGGGAAAGUCGGGCGAAAAGACGCUGGAAAUUAUUCAAGGCGACCCAUACUUCAUGGAAUUAGUACUCAUCUCCGGAAUUACGGCGAUAAACCUCAACAAAGGGAUGACCGAAGUGGUCGGAGAAUUAUUGGGCGGUGUUCUAGGAGCAUAA